GCACGUCCCGCCCCGCUGCCGGCGGAAGCGGCUGCACAGGGCACUGACGGGACAGCGGCCCCGGCGGCCCCGGGCAGAGGCGGGGAGAGGCCGCCCCGCGCGGCGCGACGGGGCCAGGCCGGGGCGGGGCGCUCUGGCUUCGGCGGGCCGGGCCAGGCCGGGCGGCGAGGACUGGGCUGCGGGCGCGGCGUCCGGUGGCGCCUCCCUCCCGCCGCCGCGGGGCCGGCGAGUCGCGGCUGCCGCGGCGCAGAGCGAGGAUGAGCGGCGGGGCGGGCGGCGGCCAGGCGGGCGCCAUCAGCUGCGCCCUGCCCUCCAUCCCCUCCAGCAAACUGCCGGACCUGCGCUUCCUCAGCCGCGGCGCCUACGGCACCGUCUCCGCCGCCCGCCACGCCGACUGGCGGGUCCCGGUGGCCCUCAAGUGCCUGCAGGGGCCGCUGCUAGAGAGUGAUAGAAAUCACCUUCUGAAAGAAGCAGAGAUACUGCACAAAGCCAGGUUUAGUUACAUCCUGCCAAUUUUAGGAAUCUGCAAUGAGCCUGAAUUUCUGGGGAUAGUGACAGAGUACAUGACAAAUGGAUCAUUAAACCAGCUUUUACAUGGGAAGGAUGUAUAUCCUGACAUUCCCUGGUGCCUGAGAUUCCGAAUCCUGUAUGAAAUUGCUUUGGGAGUAAACUAUUUGCACAACAUGAAUCCUCCAUUGCUGCACCACGACUUGAAGACCCAGAAUAUUUUACUGGAUGAUGAGUUUCAUGUUAAGAUUGCAGAUUUUGGCUUGUCAAAAUGGCGUGUGAUAUCUAUGUCACAAUCACGAAGUGAAACUUCUUUGCCAGAAGGAGGGACCAUUAUCUACAUGCCACCUGAGGAUUACAAUCCCAGUCAGAAAACCCGUGCAAGUGUAAAACAUGAUAUCUACAGCUAUGCAAUUAUUAUGUGGGAAGUGAUGACGAGGAAACAGCCUUUUGAAGAUGUUAUAAACCCCUUGCAGAUAAUGUAUAGUGUGUCACAAGGACAGCGACUAGACUUAAGUGAAGAAAGUUUAUCAAUGGACAUUCCUCAUCGAGCACUCAUCACAAGAUUGAUAGCAAGUGGAUGGGCACAAAACCCAGAUGAAAGACCAUCAUUCUUAAAAUGUUUGAUAGACCUUGAACCAGUCCUGAGAACUUUUGAUGAAAUAGCUAUGCUGGAAGCAGUAAUUCUGUUAAAGAGAUCAAAGUCCCUAUAUGAAUCACGGUGUAUCCACAAGAGUGGAAAGAAACCACAUGCAGAUCAGACAUCUCUAAAUAUACCUCUGAAUCUUAAUCCACAAGAGGAAAUGCAUUCUGCCUCCAUACAGUGUCAUGCACUUCCCCUUCAGAGCAUUCCUCCAGAUGUAUCAACAUUCAAGUCUGUUCCCAAGUACAAUAUUCUGUCGUCAGAUGGAAAUCUGGGAGGUCUACGCUUCCUCAGCAGUCAGAGCAUGGAUGAAAAUCUCUCUGUUACCCAGAGCGCUAAACUUCUCGUGCAUCCAUACAGUCAUUCUUCCUCAUCUGACAAGAGUAUUUCAAGUGCCUCAAAUUCUGCUUCAUGUGUGCUGCGGUCAUCACCGAUUCCUUCAGGGCAAGCGCUUCAGACAACUGCACAAGAAGUGCAAGUGUGAGUCAAAGGAGGAACCUAGGGGGCAAGAAAGACAUUGUGCUGAUCAUCACUGUUGUGCUAAAAACUGGUAUGUUAGAAAGGAUGGGGCCUUUCCUGAUUGGGUUACCUUUCCUUAAAUUGCUCUCGCAAGUAGAGUAUGAUGAGAUCCACUUACAGCUUGUAAUGUACAAGGAAACCCUCAUUUAAUGCCUCUUACUUUUGUGGUCUGACAUAAAUACCUCUUAUCUCAUGUUACUAGAUCAAACUUCCAAUUUAUUUAUUUUUGUUAGUAUUUGCACGAUGAGCCACAGUUUGGGUCUGCUGUCCAAAGGUCAGGUAUGCGCUGCCAUGCCAGGUUAGUAGUAAUGUGUGUGGGCCUUUCUCAUGUGGCAGGCACUGUGGAGGUAGCAGAGGUAAUGUUUCAUCUUGAGAGAAAAAUGCAGUGUCCUGACCUGCUUUAACCUUCUCUGGACAAUGGUCACUACCAUCCCUUUCCAUCUAAAGGAUGGUGCUGAAAUGUUUAGGCACGAAUGGGGCCCCCUGAGGGUGAAAGGUGCAUUUUUAGCUCACUUCAGAAAGCUUUAACGACUUGACUUAGGUGGCUUUAAACCCAGUAAAAAAGUUACUCUUUUUAAUUUGCUAGAAUACAGCACAUGCAAAUGACUUGCAUUUCAAAGGCAGUAAUAAGUAAUUACUAGCACUAGCUAAAAUUUGGGGACAUUGCAAGUGCUGGUACAAGAAAGCUGAUAUCUGCUUAAACUGUCUUAUGAAAAGGAGCACAUGAAUGAGAAGUCCCAGAUGCUGGCUGCUUGGAAACCAAUGGAGUUGUGAGAUCUGCCCCAUUUCAAUAGGAUUCAAGGUUCA